ACACAAACCAAGUUGGGCCUGUUUGUGUGUGUGUUCCCUUUAGUGCUGGAAACACAGUGCGCAGUUUCAGCAGUGUUCAAGAACUGCUGUGCCAUCGCUAGUAUUUGCUGUUUCUCUGUCUAAAGACUCGACUUCAAGGCAAGCAUGAGUUACAGGACAGUGAUGAUGUACGUUGAGAUUGGCUGCUUUAUUGUCUGUGUAUUUGGAUGGAUCCUGGUGUGCUCCACCAUGCCCACAGAGAUCUGGACAUGGUCUGAGGUAGACAGCAUAGUCUUGACCACUUCAAACUACUUCUCCAACCUAUGGAAGGAUUGUAUAUCUGAUUCAACUGGAGUUUCUGACUGCAAAGGAAUUCCAUCAAUGCUUGCACUAAAUUGGGACAUACAUAUGUGCCGUGCUCUCAUCAUCAUAUGCAUUAUCCUGGCUUUCUUUGGAUCAGUUCUGGUCCUAGUGGGAAUGAAGUGCACUAAAGUUGGGGGAUCAGAACUUGUUAAUGCAAGAGUAACCUUUGCUGGUGGGAUGAACUACCUUAUUGGAGGUCUGUGUUCAAUGAUCGCUUUCUCUUAUUAUGGAAACAAAAUCAGAGCAGAAUUUCAGGACCCAAACUACAAAGCUCAGAAGUUUGAAAUAGGUGUUGGUGUCUUUAUUGGCUGGGGAGGCUCCACUUUACUUGUUGUUGGAGGCCUUAUUUACAGUAUCUUUGCAGGGCGGGAAGGGUUCCACUCAAGUUCUAAAAGACACCCUGACUACCGGUCCCCUGAGGUCUACAGAGUUGUUCCAUCAAAAAAAAGUAUUGCGUCUAUGGCAACUACAGUGACAAGUGAGGGAAGAAAAUCAAGGACCAGCAGUGGCAGUAGAGGGAGCAGCAUUUCUGGGAUCACUUCUACCACUAAGACAUCAGCCACAAAUGCAUAUGUGUGAUCUUAUUUCAAAGGUUGAACAAAUUUGAAAUAUAUGGGUGGCUUUAUCAUUAGAUUUAUUUAAAAUUAUAGAAUAUAUUCCACAGCAGAUACAUUCAUAUGUGUCCAAAAACAUGUGUUUUAGUUAUUUCGGUAUGUUGCUGUUGUAGUGAACUAUUUAUAAAUAAAUGAAGUUUGAACAAUAUAUAUUUAUUAUAUUAUCAUAAUAAGUAUUGUCAGAUGUUUUGAGAUUGCAAUAAAACAAAACGUUGAAUAUUUAUGAAUUACACAUCGUUUCACCAAGACUCAUCAGGAUUGAAGUACUUUUUAAAUGUUUUUAAAUGGGACAUACGUUUUUGUUUUUUUUCCUCCACUAUUUGUAUUGGUUUUAUUUGUUUUAUGUCUUAUAUUCAUGUUGCAUUGUUGGAGGAGCCUGGUACUUGGUUUUUCUGGUUUUUUCCUUGCCAUAUCUACACUGUAGCAUCUAUGCAUAUAAUAAAGCCUUGAAUCUUGAA